AUGAGCACGGAAACGCUCGCUGCUCCUCCACCAACUGCUUCCGGUUCUAACGCCGCCAGCCAGAAAAUGCCAGCGAUGGGAUUCGAAGAGCGGCUCAGGCGCAUGUGUGAUCGAGCCAGGCAGAUUGACGAGGCGGCGGGGAAGGGCAUGUCUGACAGCGAGAAGCAGCAAUGCCUGGAGGAGCAGAGGGAGGAGGUCGAAGCUCUGCGGUCCAUUUUUGACUCCGACUUUGAGCCCAUUUGGCUCGCAUCCUCCUCCUCCUCCUCCCCGUCCUCACCCACCUCCUCCUCUGCUCCCGAAGAGGCGGCCGCCUCGAGUUUCACAACCUCGCCGUACAACUGCGUCAUGAUUGACAUCCGCAUCACAAUACCCUCGCCCAUGCUCGUGGUCCCCUCGCCUCCUUCUGCCACUGCUUCCUCUUCCUCGACCUCUUCUUUCAACCCCUCGUCCUCCUCCUCCUCCUCCUCCUCCUCCUCCUCCUCCUCCUCCUCCUCCUCCUCCUCCUCCUCCUCCUCCUCCUCCUCCUCCUCCUCCUCCCCCCAACCCUCCACCACCACCACCACCACCUCUCCCGACUCCCCUCUCCCUCGUCCGUUCCUCAUCUCACAUCUCCCCCCUCUCCGCCUCCUCGCCCUCCUCCCCCACACCUACCCCUCCGCCUCCCCACCCCUCUUCACCCUCUUCUCCUCCUGGCUCUCCCAUGCCCAGAUGGCGCGCCUCUGCGCCCAGCUGGACGCCACGUGGCAGCAGCAGAGUGGCCUGGUCGUGCUGUACACGUGGGCAGCGUGGCUUGGCGAGGAGACGCUGGGAUGCCUUGGGAUUGGGCAGUGUACGAGGGCAUGUCUCUGCAGGACGACCUGGCGGUGGAGCAAGGAGAUGGACGACCGGGUGUUCCGAGCAUCCCUCCAUGCGUGCGCCAUCUGCUUCUCUGAGAAGCCCGGGACGGAGUGUGUGCGUGCCGCGUGCACACACGCGUUCUGCACGGCGUGCAUGAGGGCGUUUGCAGAGGCGCACGUGGCUGAGGGCAAUCUGCAGGCGCUCAAGUGCCCUGACACCAAGUGCCGUGCUCCCCUCUCCUACGAUCUCCUGCGCACACUCCUCCCUGCUGACCUUUUCUCUCGCUGGGAGCAGCUCACUCUCCAGCGCACCCUAGACGCCAUGCCAGACAUUGCCUUCUGCCCGCGCUGCUCCCAGCCGGCAGUGGAGGACCCAUCAGACCACCACGCGCUGUGCCCCGGGUGCUUCUUCUCCUUCUGCGGGGUGUGCCGCGAGGGGUUUCACCGGGGCAGGAGCUGCAUCACUCCGGAGCUAGCUCUUAAGUUGAUGAAGCUGCGGAAGCAGGAGCGGGCGCUGGCAGAGGAAGAGCUGAGGAAGCAGAAGGACCUUGAGCAACAAGUACUUAGCCUCAAGCUGGUGGAGGAGUCGAGCGUGCCGUGCCCCGUGUGCAGCACGGCCAUCAGCAGGAGCGAGGGGUGCAACAAGAUGAUCUGCCCCACCUGCAACGCCUUCUUCUGCUACCGCUGCCGCGCGCGCAUCGACGGUUACGACCACUUCACGGAGGGCAAGUGUGUGCUGUUUGAGGCGGCGGAGAUAGAGCUGUGGGAGAUGCAGAUGGCAGCCAUGGCUGGAGCACAGCGCCGCAACCAUCGAGCCGCGCCGGCGCCGGCACCGCCCAUCGGAGCGGAUGGCAGGCCGCUGCUUGCGAGGCGCUGCCCCAAUUGCCGUCUAUUCAAUUAUAAGGACGUCUCCGCUCCUCCCCCUCCCCCCAUUGUCGCUCCUCCGCCUCCCCUUGCCACGGUUUCUCCCCCUCCGCCUGUCGCCGCGGCUUCGACCGCUUCUCCACCGCCGCCCGACUCCUUCUCUCCUCCGCCACCUACCACCUCCCCUCCGCCUCCUACCCUCUCCCCUCCCCCGCCCACUACCUCCCCAUCUCCUCCGCUCUCCCCUCCUCCUUCACCUCCUUCGUCCCCCCCUCCCUCACCGCCGCUCCCUCCAUCUCCCACCCCCCCUUCUCCCCCACCCUCCCCUCCCCCGACUCCUCCCCCUCCCCCUUCCCCGCCUCCGCCGCCUCCCCCGCUGGGAACCUGCCCCGCACCGUUCACAGUCGGCGCGCGCUGCACCAACUGCACCAAGGCCGGCGGCUGUAUCUGCGACUCGUUCGGCGUGUGCCGGCCGACCUGCAGCUACGUGCCAGGCGUCGACUACAAGUCGCCCACGUGGCGGCGCGCGUGCAACACGUGCCCGAGCAAGCGCCUCGGCGUACCGAACGCGCGGUGCGCGUGCGACAUCAACGGCAGCCAGCAGUGCGUCGAUUUCUGCGCGCUCCCGGAGAACAACAACGGCGUGACGCCGGCCAAGGCGGGGAAGGACGGGUGCGUGUGUUCGCCGUCCAAGGGCAAGUGCGUGCCGUUCUGCAACGAGAAGGACGGCUUUAAGUGCUCCAACUCGGAGUCCGGCGAGGGCUACUGCCGCGCGGGGCUCUGCUACGACAUCUGCGCCAUUGCCAGUGAGUGUUCAUUGCCAUUGCCUCUUUUGGGCGCCGAAGAGAAGCUGCUCUUCCGCCUAGCAAGAGCCCGGCACCGUUUGCCGCCACACAGCGGAGCCCGGCACUGUUUGCCGCACGUGCAACAGGACGAAAGGCGGCUCGUGCGUCUGCGGCUCGUCGGGAAAGUGCGAGCCCGACCUCUCGUGCACGGGCCCGUCUCCCCGUGGCGGGAAGCGACGGGCUGCAAUGCAGUUACAACUGUACAAGCCAAGUGUGCUUAUGUUCUGCUGGUCAGUGCAAACCGCAGUGUCAACUACCCAGUGCCGAAGGAGGAGAGUGUUUCGACGGGUGUGACAGCGGAGGGCCAUGCAGAAGCCGGAUCCCCGGUCGCCGCGUCGAUUCCCGAUCCGCUGACGUCACGCGCGAUCCGGCUGGUGUACAAGGAUGACCAAGGGGUGUUCCGAAUGGAUCCCGAAGCCGUCAGCGCGCUGCGGCGACUGCGAGGACCCCUCGGGGUUGUUGCGGUCAGUGGGUUCACAGUGGGCCCCACGCACCGGCCGUGCACCAAGGGGCUGUGGAUCUGGAGCUCGCCAGUUAAAGUCACAGCUCCGGACGGAUCGUCGUACCACCUGCUGCUGCUGGACUCAGAGGGCAUUGACGCCUACGAUCAGACGGGCACGUACAGCACGCAGAUCUUCUCGCUGGCGGUGCUGUUGUCGUCCCUGUUCGUGUACAACCAGAUGGGCGGCAUCGAUGAGUCGUCGCUGGACCGCCUGUCCAUGGUCACUGAGAUGGCCAAGCACAUCCAAGUGCGCGCCAACUCCGCCUCUUCUGCUGCACAAGGAGGAGGAGGAGCAGGAGGAGCAGCGGGAGCAGCGGGGUCGUCUUCUACGACGCAGGAGCUGGGGCUGUUCUCUCCGGUGUUCUUCUGGCUGCUGAGAGACUUUUACUUUGACCUCACGGAGGAUGGCCGGGUGAUAACCCCGCGGGACUAUCUCGAGACGGCGUUGCAGUCCAUGGCGGAGGGCUCUGAGUCCGCACGGGCCAAGAACCAGAUCCGCGAGUCCAUCCGCUCGCUCUUCCCCGACCGUGAUUGCUUCGCUCUCGUUCGCCCCAUCAGCAACGAACGCUUGCUGCAGAAGCUCGACCACCUGCCCAUGGACCAGCUCCGUCCAGAGUUCAAGCAGGGGUUAGAUGCCUUCACCCAGGCGGUGUUUGCGCGCGCUCGCCCGAAGAGGGUGGGCGGCACAGUCAUGACGGGGCCAAUGCUGGCUGGGCUCACUCAGACGUAUAUCCAGGCACUCAAUAACGGGGCUGUGCCCACCAUUCUCAACUCCUGGCUGAGUGUGGAGGAAACAGAGUGUCGCAGGGCGUUUGAGGCGGCACUUCAAACAUAUAGCAGAGCAUUUGGCAGCCCCGCUUCUGCUGAUGAGGACGACCUGAGGGCUCACCACAGGGCAGCACUGCAAGCAGCAGAGGCGGCUUUCAGGGAGGAGGCGGUGGGGGAGGGGCAGGCCCGACACAAGUACGAGGAGAAGCUCAGGGAGGAGGCUGGGAAGAGGUUCGAGGAUGUGCUAAAGCGGGUGGCAGCAGAGGCAGAAGUGAGGUGCAAGCGGUAUCUCGAUGCACUAGAGGCCAAGGUCAAGGGGCUCGCCAGGGGGCCUCCGCGGGCGGCGACUGCUGAUGUGGUGCGCGCGCUGAUUGCUGAGCUGGCGGCGUACGAGUCGUCCAUGUCGGGCGCUGCCAAGUGGCGCUGCUUGUCAGCGUUCCUCGUCGCCAGUAUGCGCGGGCUUGUUUUGGAUUCGGCUGAAAAGGAGGUCGCCGAAGCAAGGCAGCAAGCCUCGUCUGCACUCAAGGACAAGCAGGCCGCCGAGGCUCGGGCCUCCGUCGAAGCUGCGGCCGCGGCUCGGGAGGCCGCCGCAGCUGAGGACUGGAAGAAACGGGUGGCGACAGUGGAAGGACAGCUGGCAGCCGCUAAUAGGGCGGUUGGAGAAGGGAGGGAGGAGAGGGAGAGGAUGAGGAAGGAGAUGGAGGAGGGGAGGAGGAGGGCGGAUGAGCGAGAGAGGGAGUGUGCGGAGUUGAGAAAGGAGGUGGAGAGAGUGAGGGAGGGAGGGGAGAAGGAGGUGAAGAGAGUGAGUGGGGAGGUUGAGAGAGUGAAGGGGCAGCUUGAGGAGGCGAAGAGGAGGGUGGGAGAGGAGCAAGGGGAGAAGGUGAAGUGGAGGGGUAUGUAUGAGAAGGAGGUGGGGGAGGGGAAGAGGGAGGUGGAGAAGGUGGUUGGGGAGAGGGAGGGGCUAAGAGGGGAGGUGGAGAGGGAGAAGCAGCGGAGGCAGGCUGAAGUGGCGGCGAUUCAGAAGGAGAAGGGCGCAUUGGAGCAGCAGCUGCGAGCAGAGGCGUCGAAAGCAGCGGCGGAGGCGAGCGAGCUGAAAGUGAAGCUGGAGUCGCAAGCAGCACGGCUGGCAGCAAUGGAAAAGGCUCUGGUGGAGGCAAAGGCGAGAGAGAGGCAGGCUGAGGAGAGCAUGAGGGAGGCGAGCAGGACGGCUGGCAGCGCGAGCAAGAGCGUGCAGGCUGCACGGGAGGCCAAGGCCGCAGCAGAAGAAGCGACAGAGAAGAUGGAGCGCCAGCUGCGUCAGGCUGAGUCAGCACGGACCGCUGCUGAGCUGGCAGCCCGGCGCGAGGCUGAGCUGGCACGCCAGGCUUGCAUUCGUGCUGACUCAGCAGCAAAAGAUCUCCAGAUGGCAAUGGAGGAGGCCCAGGUGGCACAGUCAGCAGCUGAGGUGGCAGGAAAGAGGGCGGAGGUUGCCGAAAGGAGAGCGAGGGAGCUUGAGAGGGAACUAGAGGGGUUGAGAUUGAGGGCAGCAGAAGGGGAGGAGGAGGGGAAGGGGAAGGUGGAAGGUAUGGUGAGGGAAAUUGAGGAGUUGAAGGGAGAGGUGGGAAGGAGGAAGGAGGAGGUUGGGGAAACGAUGGCAAUGCUGGCUGUGUGUGAGGUGGAGAGGGAGGGGUGGAGGAGGAAGGAGGGAGAAGCGAGGACUGAGAUGGAGCGGCUGAAAGGGGAGUUAGAGCGGUUGAGACAGGUGGUGGAGGGGAUGGGGGUGGAGAUGGGGGUGGUGAGGAGCGAGAGGGAGGAGAUGAAGGGGGUGGUGAGAGUGAGAGAGGAGGAGAUUUCGCGGCUAAGGGGGAUGCUGGAAGUGGCUAUGAGGGGGAAUCAGGAGAGGGAGAGGGAGAGGGGGAGAGGGGAGGGGAGGGGGGGUGCUGGGCAGGGCGAGGGAGCGGAGGAGAUGGAGGUGGAGGAGGGAGAGGAGGCGGGGAGGAAGAGGAAGAGGGCGAGACUGGGCACGGGUGUUGCUGGUGAAGGCGGGAUUGCAGGGGAGGGCGGUGCUGCUGGGGAAGGUGGGACUGGUGGAGAAGAAGGUGCGGCUGAGGCAGGGUUAACUGGUGCAGGUGGUACUGCUGGGGGUGGUGCAGGGGCAGGCGUGGAAGGGGCGGGUGAUAGUGCUGUGACAGGCGAUGCUGCAGGGACAGCAGCAGGGGGAGAAGGAGGCAAGCGGAGAGGCAGGGGGGCGAGCAAGAGGGCACCUGCUGCUCCUUCCGCUGGCGCUACUGCUGCUGGUGUUGCUGCCCAGGCAACAGGGCAGGGCAGUGAAAUGGAUAUGGAUUCAGCCUCGUUCGGAGGGGUGUUUGGUGCUGGGGAGGGAAAGGAACGAGCUGAGGGGGACGAGGCGGAGAGUAGCAAAGGGGGGAGGGGGAGAGGGAGGGGCAGGAGGGGUGGAGGAGGGAGGAGGGGGAGAGGGAGGCCGGCGGCUGGGGUGGGUGCGGUGACGGCUGCUGAUGUGGCGGGGGAGUCUGAUGUGGCGAAGAGGCGGAGGGAGAUUGCGAUGAAGAUGACAAAGAGUGAGUUGAAGGACAGGUUGACGGACGAGGGGAGGGGGUUGGAUGUGCUUGAAAUGAGGACGCCCACAAAGGGGCAGCUGGUAGACUUGUUCGUGAAGUUUGUGCAAGAGUGA